CUAUGCCCGAACGCUCUAGUGAGCAUUGCAGUCAUACCAUUUUCUAGGGCAUCGCAAGGGCAGCUUCAUUAACUAAAGUAGUAAAGUGAUCGGGUCAAGCUUUGAAGUAUUACCACACUUCAGUUCAAAUACUCUAUUAACUGAAGUGACUCUAAAAUGUUCACCACAAUAAAAAUGGCAAAUUUUCUCGACCUACUGAAAUUUCCUAAUUACCGGUGUACUGGGCUCUCUUCUCCUCCACCAGAUACUAGACUCUCUGGUCUGAUGCCCCAUUGCCUGAAUACGAGUACAAGCCGUUCUUUCCUCUUUGACGAAGCGGCGUAGCAUUGGGAGAACAAUCAGCUUCACGGUUCUUCAUAAGCUUAGCUUAAAGGAGAAGGAAAAAAAACCCAUGCUGCUGAAGGGUCAAUACAUAUAUGUUGUAGUACCAUCCCGGGAGACGAAGCAUUUGCUUAUAGAUUAAUGAUUGGCAGAGGUGUGGAUUGAGGUAGAUGGAGUCAAUGGUGAAAAAGUAUCAACAGAAGUUUAGGAAGGUGAAAGAAGAGAUGGGUCGAUGGGAAGAACUUCAAUCUCGGUUAAUUUCACAGUUCACCAGUGCUUCUGCCAUCAUCCAGAGGCUGCAGUUACUCCAAGAUUCAAAGAAGUAUGGUGCAUUAGAAUGCGUUCAGGGCAUUCAAGAUGUUGUCUUGGCGAAGCAAUUGGAGUCACUGCAAACUAUUCUGCUCUCCAUGAAUAAGACCUUGGAAGAUUUUCGUGGUGUUUCUUCAUCCCUUGAGAAAGUUGUUCGUGAUGGUAGGCAGCUAGUUAAAGGAGGUUCUGCCGUUACAACGGCAAAGCAACUGCAGCAAAGAGUUGGUGUCAAACCAAGUCUUGCAGAUUGCCUGGAGGGACUUAGGCUUCUUAGCGAGAUGCACCAUUCAGAGUACCUUCUUAAGUCGUCUGUGAUAUUGGCACUUGCAAAGGUUUCCUUGACGCCAAGUGCUAGUGACGAUCUAAAUGCCCUUCAGCAACUGCUCGAUGACCAACCUAACAUCCCUAGAGAGGAGGUACACGGGAUAUUUGAUAUCAUAUUUGCUGAAGAGAUCUCUUGAUGCUUUGUCCUCGUAUCAAUUUGUAAGUGCAUUACAAAUCUGUGUUAAGGCAGAAAGAAAGGAGGCACCAUCUUUCACCAUA